ACAGUGUGUAACAGAGACGUGACCGAUCGCCCGGGCGGCUAGCGAGCCGAUCAGUGGCGAAGAGGAUAAAAGGAAAAGGAAUACAAGCUGCUCUUUUUAAAUCUUCCCAAACAAUACCUAGGAUGCUACCAGCGUUCAAGAGAUAGGGAGUCGGGACUCGGCAGGCUGGAAGGUCUACUACUUACCAUAAGCGACCUACAGUCCGACGAGUCACUAACUUGUGUAACAUUAGAAGUGAAAGGAUAGCUGAUGUUCUCUCAGCGAAAUACGCUAGUUAAUUGAUCCAGAGGAUUGACAAAUUAUGUUUCAUGGACUAUUAGGUGAUCCAUCCAAAACUGAAGAAAAUCGACAAGAAAACAUAAGAAAAGGUACCAAGGUGUUACAGGAUGACAAAAAUCCAUGUAUCAAGGAACACAAGUUGUCAUUCAAGUGUUUGGAUGAAAAUAACUACAACAGAGAAACUUGUGCUGUCUAUUUUGAGAACUACAAGAGGUGUAGGGAGUUCUGGUUUACAUGAAGAUAGAAAGGAGUUUAAAGCAACAAAAGAAAGCAUUGCAGCACUGCCUGUCACUCCCUCUACACCAGUAUCCAUUAUAAUCCAUGGCUACACUGAGUCUUCUCUCAGAUCUUGGGUAGUUGACCUCACUGAUGCAUUGUUGUCACAUGACCUGAAGAGUGUUGUAAUUCUGGUGGACUACUGGGACCUAGUGACCAUCUCCCGCCCAUACAUGAUGAUCAAUGUCAGACACAUCGCAGACAUCACAGCAAGGAUGAUUGACAUGCUAGCUGAGGAAAAAAGUGUCGAGCUAACCAACAUACAUAUAAUGGGCUUCAGCUUAGGUGGAAGAAUCAGUGGCCUUAUUGGUGAUAGGAUUCAGACAGGGACCAUUGGGAGAAUGACAGGUAUGGAUGCAUCAUAUCCUUGGUUACCACCUCGAAUCAAUGAAGAGUUCUUAGAUGCUGGAGAUGCCAUUCUUGUAGUCAACAUUCGAACCUCCUCAAUAGGAUCUCAUUCCCCUCCUGGCCACAUUGACUUUUAUGCUAAUGGAGGACUGUCACAACCAGGUUGCCAAAACUGGUAUUUUCCAGAUACAGCAAAACAAGUUUGCAAUCACUACCGUGCUGUUGCACUCAUGAUAGAGGCAGUAAAGUAUGCUGGAAAAGAGGUCUUCUCUGCUUGUGGUUGUCCAGAUUUGCAGAGCUUUCAAAACAACACCUGUGAUUGCCAGAUAGUUAAUAAUUUUGGACUAUAUCCAAAUGCAAGUGUGUUGGGUAACUUCUAUUUCUCUACAAAUUCAGAGCCUCCUUAUUUAAGGAAUUUAUAGAUCUCUGCAUGACCUACCUCAAGAAGCAAUGCUCACCUGUUGCUUUGCCACCACAGGUCAUGGUAAUCAAUAAAAAUUAUGACUAUAGAAAAUACUGUCACUAGCUUUGAAGCUUUACUGUUUUGUAGGCUUUAAUGGGUAAGCCCAAAUGAUGACUAUCAUUUUUGUGGAAAUGUUUUAUUUUAUUUAAAUAAGUAACUUUCAGUAAUUUGACUUGAUUAGCUUAAUGGUACUCUUCGUAGUGAUGGUUGUCAACUCUGGUUAUAGCGUCAAAAUGGUGUAGUGUGUUACUUCUACGAUAUAUCAGGCGUGUCCAGUAUUCAUUGAAUGCUUUAUGUUGUGGUGUAUAUUCGAGAUUUGAGAUGGUUGAGGGAGAGGGCGGGGAUGGCUUUUAUGUCCUCUUCUUGCAUUGCUUCUUGGGCAAGAUGAACGACACAGGAAAUCGAAUUAAUGGCAAAAUAUUCAGUACAAAUUCUUCUCCACCCUUGAACUCAGCCUGCCAUCUGAUGUUUUGACAUGCUGACUGUUUGGCAGCUGCUGUCACCAUCGACAGUAUCACCCACUGAAGUGAGCCAUCCUUAUUUACCUAAUGGCCACCCACUAGAGGUGGUCAUGCCAAGGGAAAUAGGCUAGUGGCCUGUGUAGGAUCCAUCCAUUAUUCUUGAUAAUUUUGUCAAUAAUACAAUAUAGAAUCCUUGCUUAUUAUAUCCAGGUAUAAAUAUCCUGGACAGUACAUGAACUAUGCUUCAUUUUGAAGUGCUCUCCUUGACAUCGUAACAACCAUAACAAUGUGUUUGUUUGUUGAUCUUGUGGAUGGAUAUUAUGUAGCUUUUCUGAUCAAAUUUUUAAAAUAUUGUGUAAUUUUUGUAUUAUGUUGCAUUUGAAAUUAAUGAGUUAACAAGUGAGUGCAGGUUGGGUGUAGUUGCUUCAGAGCUGAACUUCACAUGUGAGAUGAUUUCAAUGUAUGUUUGCUCCAUGUACCUGUUUUGAUUCAGAUUAAACUCGGUUCACUUUUUUUGUGAUCAGGUGAAGCAAAGAAUGGUUUUCAGCAAAAACUUCUAUGAUCAAGAUGUCUUUCUGUUUUGAAUGGCAACAGCCCUUUUCUUUAAAGAAUUGGUGGACCCAGAUUUGUGUUGGAAAAAAAAAGCUCAUUUUAUAGUCUACCUUUUGCAGUCAGGACAUGAUAUGGUAAUGGUCAUGGAUGCACUGAACUAAUGUAUACAGUAGACCCUUGCUAUUUGCAGGGAUUAUCUUACUGAAAAUCCACAAAAAAUCAGAAUUUACAAAUGUAAAAAACUUGGUUUAGUGGAAAAAAAAAAGUACUGUAUUGCAUUAGGUUCCUGGUACAACUGAACUUGGGGGAUGAUGGUAAUUGGUCAAGAACAAUGACUAAUAAAUAUUGUACCUGCAAAUAAUAAUAAACUAUAAAGAGGGGAAGUCAGAAGGAUGACUCCUCUGAAGUUGCAGGUGUGAGGAAGGCUGGGGCUGGUGGUGCCUGACUUUGGAGAGGUGGGGGCUGAAGUUGAGAUAGAGGUGCUUGUCUUUGCAGGGAAUGUUAUGAUGCCUGAUGUUGAAGCAAAGGUAGUGGGCCAAGAAACACUGGUGAUUGGCAUUUGCAAGAAGGAAGGAGAAGGCUGGCAGGCAAAGCAACAUGCUUAGGCUGUGCAGACUGUUUAAAAUUUUACAUUCUGUGCACCUUCCUCCUAUGUCCCUAAUGUUGUUUGGGAAUGCACUAUCUCACACACACACACACACAUUAAUGCUAGGGGUCAGGGUUCAUGAAUAGAGUUAGUAAACAUUAACUUACUUGCAAAAUCUGUGCAUGAAACGUGUGAAACCUAGAAUUGUGAAUAGUGAGUGUUUCCCAUACAUGGGCCAUUCAUUUGCUUCAGAUCAUAACUAAAAUGGGAUUUCUGGAUUAAUCCCUCAUUUUGCAAGAUACACACCGUAACUACACCCGAACUAGAAGCCUCCCAUAUAGCCAUCAAAUGUUGGUGUUUCGAAGGUUUUAGAACCAUCAAAUGCAAUGGUUCUUGGUACUUUUGGGUCACAUCUUAGACAAAAGCCUUGCAAAAGGUUCAGGAAAUGAGUCAUUCUUUGAGAUGAUUCUGUCUCCAUAACCCUCUCUGUUCUGUAUUCACUAGGUAGGAGGGGUCUUUCCCCUCAUUACCCUUCCAAUGCAGGGGUGAAGGAACUUUACCCUUUCCAUCACUUACUUACACUUUCCCAUCCCAUGUCACCUUAUUAAUAGGUUAAAUAUUUUCUCCACCCUAACCCUGGAAGUGCAGUCUUACCAGGAUAUUUUACUCCAAUUUCUUGUUCCCAAUCAGUGUGUCAAUCCCGGUUCUUUGGGGAGUCAGAGAGCACCUUUAUUAUUAUAUCUGCAUCUUAGUCAAUUUCUAUAACACCUGAAUCAUUUGUAAUUUUCUUCAUGUACUCAGUGCUAAAGACCAUAUUACACUGAUGGAAGCAUGUUUAAGAGUACUGAAUCAGUACAGUAUGCCUAUUUACAUUUUGAAAAUUGUGACUAUUAUUGCGAAAAAGAGGAUUGCUUAAGGUUGUGAUAAUAUAUAGGAAAGGAAACAAAAUGUGAAUAAUAAAGAAAUAAAUAUGUGAAAAAAUAACAUUAUCUAAUGAUAUGAAGCUGGGCUUGCACAAGGGAACUCUUGGUGGGGACUGAAUUUUUCAAUGUACAUAUUUCAACAAAACAUUUUUAGUUUUUUUGGUAGUACUGUACUGUAGUUUUAUUGAUUACAGAAGCCACUAUGUAUAUAACAUCUAGAUAUAAGUAAGAUGUAAUUACAGUACUGUAUUUGUAUUAAGUAUAAUUAUAAGAAAAUUA